CCCGGCUCCCAUCCCAGGAUACAGCAUCAUGGCAUUGGAUACUACAAAGUUCUAUAAUGUCAUUAAUAAUGAAUUGAUAUCCACGACUGAGACUCGACAGGGCAUCAACCCUGCCAACAGACAACCCAACCCGGCAGUCCCUGUGUCCACAGCAGAGGAUCUCGAUCGUGCCGUGAACGCUGGCAAAGCUGCCUUCAAGAAGUGGUCUCGCACUACCUUUGAUGAGCGUCGCACUGCAAUUAAAGCCUUUGCCGAUAGUAUUGAAGCUAACAAGGAUGUCCUGGCCCGGCUGCUGACCCAGGAGCAGGGCAAGCCAUUGAGCCAAGCUGCCCAGGAGUUGGGCCUUGCAUUGCACUGGUCACGCACCCUGAUCACCCUUGAGAUCCCAGAGACAGUUCUCGAAAGCACUGAAGAACGUCAGAUUAUCCACCGGUACACUCCUCUCGGGGUGGUCGGCGCCAUCGUGCCAUGGAACUACCCCGUUUUUCUGGCUAUCGGCAAGAUUAUUCCUGCUGUUUACACAGGAAACACCGUCAUUAUUAAACCAUCUCCAUUCACGCCAUACUGCGAUCUCAAGCUGGCUGAGCUGGCUAUUGGUCAUUUCCCUCCGGGCGUCAUUCAAGCCCUCAGCGGUGGUGACGACCUGGGCCCGAUGAUGACAGAGCAUCCUGGUAUCAAUAAGAUCAGCUUUACAGGCUCGACGGUGACCGGCCGCAGGGUAAUGGCUAGCUGUGCGAAGACCCUAAAGCGCGUCACACUUGAACUCGGUGGCAACGACGCCGCAAUUAUCUGUGAUGAUGUCAACAUCGACGCGGUCAUUCCCAAGAUUGGAAUCCUCUCCUUCCUCUGUUCGAGCCAGAUCUGCGUAAUGAUCAAACGGCUCUACAUCCACGAAAGGAUUUACGAUCAGUUCCGCGAGAAGCUGGUGGAAUUUGUCAAGGCCUUCCAGGUCGGUGACGGCACAGACCCCGAUGUCUUCAUCGGCCCCGUGCAAAACAGCAUGCAGUACGAAAAGGCCAAGGACCUUUUCAGCACAAUCAAGACAGACGGUCUCACUGCUGCGUUGGGGGGCACCAUCACAGAGUCAGAGGGAUACUUCAUCCACCCCACCAUCAUCGACAACCCGCCGGAGUCGUCGCGGGUCGUGCAGGAGGAGCCAUUUGCGCCCAUUCUGCCGAUCCUGAAGUGGUCCGACGAGGACGAUGUCGUGGCUAGUGCGAACGCCAGCGACAGCGCUCUUGGUGCGUCGGUUUGGGGUUCGGAUCUCGUGCGUGCGAGACGCAUUGCGGAUCAACUCGAGGCUGGCAAUGUCUGGGUGAACUCGCAUUUCGAGGUCUCGCCAACCGUGCCGUUUGGAGGACACAAGGACUCAGGGAUUGGAUUUGAAUGGGGUGUGCAGGGGUUGACGCAGUACUGUAAUUCACAGAGCUUGUGGGUGAAUAAGACUCCUUGAAGGAUAUAUAUAUCCUUAUUCAACCUUGAAUGAAGCAGAUCAGAGGGAUUCCAGAUCGAGGAGAGAUUGAAUACUUUUUAAGAGAUAUUCAAGAAAGCAGA